AUGAAACGACAGAUAGUGUGCGCAGAUCAUCAACGCAGGGAAUUUAAGCUUGGUUCCGCUGCCUUUACCCGUACCUCUCCCUCUCCUUCUACUUCUAGAAUCCAUACCACGAUGCGCGGACUAGACGAGAGCACGGAAAUCUUUGUGCGAGUCGGCCAGACGGCUGGUGAGCAGGUAAAACACGGCUGGCAGGCAUUUUUGAAUUUCGCUGCUAGAGAUAAUGUUUUGGAGGUUGCUCUUGGUUUGAUUAUCGCAAAUGCAUUCACCAAAGUAGUGACGUCUUUUGUGUCGGAUAUUGUCCUACCAAUCGUUUCUCUCCUCCCAUUCCUGAAUAGGAACAUGGACCAGAAGUUUGCCGUUCUCUCAAAGGGUCCCAACUACCCAAUUGGAGAGGGAUACAAUACAGUCGACCAGGCCCGGGACGACGGUGCACUCGUUCUAGCAUGGGGUUCGUUUGUCGAGACCCUUUUGAACUUUGGGGGUGUGAGUCUCACACUCUUCUUUGGCGCUCACUUGUACAUGUUCGUUUCUCGGAAUAAAAUCAUCAAGCCGACUGUUAAAUGCAGGUACUGCAAUCAGUAUAUCAGUGUCGAGGCUUCUCGUUGUCUUAAUUGCUCGAGUUGGCAAGAUGGUCGGGAAGAUUUGCCUAAGUCUGAUGGGGAGGGAUAUGAGGAAUGA